GGCACGGAUGAGCAGGCAAAGAAGUGCCCGUGAGUCAGCGGUAGAAGGAAACCGGGGGACUAUUCUCAUGCACACCUCGCGAAGAAACAGUCAGGGCACUGUGUGGAAAUCGCGUCGUUAAAGUCGCAGGGGUGCCAGGAUAGGCGCCGAGCGGCGCGCGUUGCGAUCGAUAGACACUGCACCUCCCCGCCGCCCCGCAGCCGCCGCCCGCACAGCCAGGCCGGCCGCCGCACCGACAAAACCGAAAAAAUACCCAAAAAUUAACCAAAAACAUUCAACAAACUAGUGCUUUCUCGUGUCAAUUCAUUAGCAAGUCAAGGUCGCAGCGGUCAGCGACCUGCAACAUUAGCAGUUGCGAAACUCUACCUCAAUGGACAAGCAAUACGAAUUAGCUUUGCGUUAUUUUUGAUAAUUACGAUACGCAAGGCCGUCUCUAGCUGAUCUGAUGUGGGAUUAUCAUUACGAGGAGCUGAGCGCGUGCCGAGAGGUGGUCUUAGACAAAGGAAGCGCCUAAAACAAUAGUGUUUGAUUACAACAAUCGAAAAUGGCAUCUAAAGUCCUGGUGCCGACGGCUCCUUUUGCCAAAUUACAAAUCAAGUCCAAGUCGCCGCCCUCAGAGCCAGGGUUCGUGGUGAGCGGCGACCCGGCCAGCCGCGCGGCGCACCUCGAGCACAGCGUGAGGUUCCUGCAGGAGCAGCACCGGCUGAUGCUGGGCGGAUUGCACUCCGAGAUCGAGGCGUUGAGGGAAAGGAACCGAGAUUUGCAAUUCCAACUGAUUUUCAACAAGGAAUCGUCAUCGAAAACUCCGUCUCCAUCGACUGAAGAUACCGAGAAGAAUGAAGAGCCUCGCCUAAAGCAGGAGAUCUCCCGGCUGGAGCGCGAGGCGGCGGCGGCGCGCGGCGCGGCGCGGGCGGCGGAGGCGAGGGCGCUGCAGCUGCAGACGCUGGUCGAUGCGCAGGCCGAAAAGAUUCGCGAGCUAACCGCCGCGGCCUCCCACAACCCUCCAGAGGGUGGCGACGAGAGCCGCGCGGAGCUGCGCGCGCGCCUGGCGGACGCCGAGCGGCUGGUGCGGCGCCUGCGCGGGGACGCCGAGCGCCAGCGCAGAGAGGUACCCGGCGGCGCCGUCACCAAUCUCUUGUUUGACGGCUCGGCUCACUUGCAGUGUAUGAAGAACUCUUUGCAAGCGUCAAUUCGUGCCAGCGGACUAGAGGCAGGUUUCGGCUUCCACAAUUCCUAUCACUUCCCUCCUCUCCAAAGCUCAGAUUUUUGGAGAGAGCCCCUAAGAGAAGACUACAACCUAAUGGGUUCGCGCAACCGCAAUAAUAGAAGACCGAUAACUCUACCCGAACUGUCGGCCACCGGCCAUCAGAUCCACAGAUCUACCGUGUAUGCCAAUCCUCAUACACGGCCUAGAGCUAAUGGAUACGAGUCUAAGAAGAAAGUCAUGAAUAAUGAAAAUGUCAACACAGGGAGGACCACCGAAGAACAAGCAGCAAACACCGGGCAAAUGGAGGGGCGGGCGCGGCCGAAACGGCAACAUCGCAAGCAGCACGCGGCCACCGACACAUAACUACUCCUCGCGCCCGCCACGCCACUCAGACGCAACAGGUUUCGGAAAAUACUGGACAGGAUACUACCCAAUCGACAACGGAGGAGUAUAUACGAUUCAGCAGAUUUUGAAGACCAAAAUUUACUUGACUAACUGUUUUAAACCUCACAGAAAGAAAAAGCUAUCGUGUCCAUAAACGUGCUUUUAACGGAACUUGAGUGGUGUCUGAGCCUAAAUAAAUUUACACGACUGUAGUACUCUCAGUGAAAGCGUAAGCUCGUAUUCUAUUAUCUAAAAGUAGCUAGCAUAAUUAUUGAAGGACGAGAUUUUUUUCUCAUAAUAUAUAUAAAUAUUAUGGUACAAUUUCAUAAUAAAUAUGGUAUUUUUACAAAUCGUCUAAAAACGCGUAUAGUUUAAAAGCGUAUUUUGGUGUCAUUUUUGUCUGUAAUGCUAUGGUUUUCUCGAUAAGGGCAUGAAAUUGGCAGUUAUUGCGUGUGAGUGACGAGUGCAGCAGUGUGAUAAGACCCUAAUAGUAUGCCCGCUUUGCGUUUUCGGACCACUACAGUCAAUUAAGCAACUCGGGUUAUGCUCUAGGUAUUUACAUACUCUUAUCGUGAAAACCUGCCCUACAAUCGAGUCCAUGUAAUUAUCCAGUGUUUGAUCUCUGUAUUUCUAUGUUUUAAUUAUUGUAAUACAUACCUAGUAAUAUAGCUAUCCAUAUUCGAAUAAUCACCUUAGCUCUAGUCUUAGGUGAAUUUUAAUAUUCAAAUUCUUGUCGAAUAUGUCAUGUAUAUGUGACGCUUUCUGUAAGUUAUGAAAACCGGUAUUAUACCGGUAUAAGCCUGGUCUAUGCACAUCACUUUUACGAUAUUUCGACACGAAAAUUUAUAAUUGUAUCAAGUUAUCGACCAGCUUAUUGACUAGCUGUACUUACAGAAAAUAAUUCGUUUUACUAUAUCCGUGUAUGAUUAUAGGGAUGUAUCUUAAUAACAUAGAUUUUAGAAGCAAGGCGGUUUUGAUUGAGAGUACUGCGGUCUUAAAAACAAUUUGUAGCCUUAUCAAUAUUAAUCUAUGAAAUACCAUUAUGAUUAUUUACUAUUGUAUUGAUUAUUAUAUUAUAAUAUAUUUAUUGCC